ACUACGUAGGCCUAUACGUAAAGCCCAUAGAGCCCACGCGCAUCUUGCCCCAUUCUAUAAAUACCAUUUCUUCAUCUAGGGUUUUGAAGAAGGCUCGACGCAGCAGCAACCAACCAGAAUUUCGCCAUGGGAAGAAGACCUGCUAGAUGUUACCGACAGAUCAAGAACAAGCCAUAUCCUAAAUCUCGUUACUGCAGAGGUGUGCCUGAUCCCAAGAUUAGGAUCUACGAUGUUGGAAUGAAGAAGAAAGGAGUCGAUGAGUUCCCCUUUUGCGUACACUUGGUCAGUUGGGAGAAAGAGAAUGUCUCCAGCGAGGCACUUGAAGCAGCACGUAUUGCCUGCAACAAGUACAUGACAAAGUUUGCAGGAAAGGAUGCUUUCCACUUGAGGGUUAGGGUUCAUCCUUUCCAUGUUCUUCGUAUCAACAAAAUGCUUUCAUGUGCUGGAGCUGAUAGGCUUCAGACUGGUAUGAGAGGUGCUUUUGGGAAACCACAGGGAGUUUGUGCCCGUGUAAGCAUUGGUCAAGUUCUUCUAUCUGUUAGAUGCAAAGAUGGUAACAGUCAGCAUGCUCAGGAGGCUCUUCGUAGGGCUAAAUUCAAGUUCCCUGGUCGCCAAAAGAUUAUUGUCAGCAGGAAAUGGGGAUUUACUAAGUUCAGUCGUACUGACUACGUUCAGUGGAAAUCUGAGAACCGAAUCAUGUCUGAUGGUGUUAACGCCAAGCUUCUUGGAUGCCAUGGGCCUCUUGCAAAUCGUCAACCUGGAAGAGCUUUCUUAGACGCAGUUGCUUAAAUUUUGUCUCAGGAAGAAAUACCCUUUUUCUUGUUUUGCUAAAAUGACAUUUAUAAUCGUGCUUUGUUUUUUCUUUGUGUUUGGGCUAAUGCAAUGUACUGAAAGGAAUUCUUGCUACUUGAACUCGAAUGCACUGUGUUUUGAUUUAUGUACUUGUCUUUCUUCUGGAUA